AUGUACAGAUUCAACUUGUCGGCACCAGGAACAGUGUACUUAGUUGGAGAACACGUAAUGGGAUAUAAUAAAACUUGCGUAGCAGCCAGUUUAAACAAGCGUACCAAAGUGAUGUUCAUAUCAAUACCUCUAGAAUUACAGUCACCGAAAAUUAUUGAAAUAGAAUUUUCCAGCAUCGGUUUAUGCGUAACGAUACCUUUAGAUAAAUUUAGAUCAUUCUUCGAAAUGGAUAAUUCAGCUUGUACUUUUACUGAUAAUGAGUUCCAUAAAAAAAUAGAAACUUUUAUCAACAUCAUACAGAAGACAAACUUAAGCACACUUGAGCCGAGAAAUAAAGUACACCAAGCAAGCUUACAAGCGUUCCUUUAUCUCUUGGUUGAUAUUAGCCGUAAGGAACAAAUUGAUGUUACACCAUUUGCAAUAAAAGUAGUGACAGAAAUGAUGAUGGGACAUGGUUUGGGCAGCUCCGCGUCAUUUGUCGUGUGUCUCGCGACGUGUUUUUCCCACUGGUCUCAAUUGCAAAAAGGAUUUUCUUUUCAAGAUAAGCUUGAUAAAGAAAAAAUUGCGGAAUACGCUUCCAAGUGCGAUUCGGUUAUAUUCAAUUCUCAGAAUACAAUCGAAAGUAAUGUAUCCGUGUAUGGCUCAGUAACAAUAUUCGAUGGAAUAUUACAAAAUCAGGCAUUCACUUAUCCACCCAUACGGAUUUUAUUAGUCUUUUCGAAAGUUAGCAAAAAAUUUACCUAA